UCCCUUCGUGUUCCCUAGUCUCGGGGUUUUUACGUUUUUACAUUAUACAAGGCAAAAAUAAACUACUCAACCGUCGUCUAACGAUUGGCCCGACGCUAGAGGUCACGUGAGUUUUUCCCAACAAUAGCACUACACGCAGCUACACGCUCGUCCCACUACUUUCGUUUCGUGUGGUUCCCGGUUUCAUGUUUCAUGAGUGCACUUGACUGGUGUGUCGCUGUAGAUGGUGUUUGAGUUAUCGACUCCCAGAAACCGCCAUCCAUUGCUUUCAGUACAGCUUCGCUGAAGAACAGCUCUGAUAGUACUGAGGAAACGAAAGGACUCGGGGGACAUGAUGAACAAAACAUGCAACAGAAAACGGGGCAGGCCGAGGAAAGAAGUAAUACCUAAAAUAUCCAAGCACAUGGACAUCAUCACAAACCAACUUACUCAUGCUGUUUCGUCUGGGGAAGUUGUGUGGGGCAAACUGGGGUCAUCCCGCUGGUGGCCCGCUGUUACCAUUGCUGGCUCUGACUGCGGAAGACAUCUGGCUCAUGAGCACAUGGUCUGGGUCUUUUGGUAUGGAGAUCACAAGAUUUCACAGUUGCCUCGAGAUAAAGUGGUCAAUUUUGUGUUGGAAUUUGGAAACAAGUUUUCUUCAUACGACGGCAAGCUUUACGUGAAUGGAGUAUUGGAAGCCCUUAAGGAAAUUGCACACCGCUCCAAUGCUCCUGUGGCUAAAGGUGAUUCACUUGCACUCAUCCAGUGGGGGAAAUCUGCUUUCAUAAAAGAGCCAAAAGUUCUGCAUUACAAGGCGACUGGAUUCGCCCCCGAGAACAUCCAGUGUUACUUGGAAAAAAUGCGAUGCCAAUACCUGGAGAAGCACGAGCCACAGCGUGCAGAGGAGGAUGCCAUUAAGAAGGUCCUACAGGGCACAUUGAAACUGGAAGAGAUAUGCAUUGUAUGCGACACGGUGCCAGCAGUGAUUGACGCUCAGCACCCGCUAGUUGAUGGUGGCCUCUGUCAUGACUGCAAGGAAACCGUACUGGAAUCCAUGUUUGCUUAUGGAGACGACGGAGCAAAUCAAUUGCAGGUGUACUGUGCCAUUUGUGGUGAAGGCGGACAACUACUCAUCUGCGACAAUACUGCGUGCAACAGGUGUCUGUGUACAGGGUGCAUCAGAAGUCUCGCAGGUCCACAAGAAUCUGCAAAGGUUUUGGAAAGCAACCCAUGGUGCUGUUACCUCUGCUCAGAACGCAAUGUAGGGCUUCUACGCUGCAAAAAGGACUGGCAGCUGAACGUCAUGAAGCUGUUUCAGCCACUUAAUUCAAUUGCUGCUGCUCCUCCAUUGGAUGAUUAUAGGGACAAACAGCCAAUCAGAGUUCUCUCCCUUUUUGAUGGAAUUGCUACAGGAAAACUGGUCUUGGACCAAGUGGGGUUAGUGGUGGACAAGUAUUUUUCAAGUGAGAUAGACCAAGAUGCCAUCCAUGUUUCCACUCUUCAGCAUGGCCUCGGUGUCACACAGCUAGGACCUGUUGAGAUUCUCACAGAGGAUGAGAUCUCCAAACUGUGUCCCAUCCAUCUCCUCAUUGGAGGAUCCCCAUGCAAUGACCUGUCUCUCGUGAACCCUGCAAGGAAAGGGCUGUACGAUGCAUGCGGAAGCGGCAAAUUAUUUUUUGACUUCUACCGAGUGCUGAAAGCCUUGCAGUUGGGUAACAAAGGUCACCACCUGUUCUGGAUGUAUGAAAAUGUGGCCUCCAUGCCUGGCGAAUACAAGCGCAUCAUCACUCGUUUUUUGCAGUGCGAGCCAGUACUUUUGGAUGGCAAAUUCUUCUCACCACAAGUAAGGGCACGUUACUUCUGGGGCAACAUACCUGGAAUGUAUUCGCCACUUCCAAGCCACCUACUGGAAAAGGAAAUAUCUCUUUCGAGUGUGCUCUACUGUACGCUUGGUAGAGAAGCUGUUGUAGACAAGAUUCAGACAGUGACAACACGUGGCAAUUCCUUGCGCCAGGGCAAGAACUGUAUUUUGCCUGUCCUCUACAAAGGUCAAGGAGAUGUGUUGUGGAUUACAGAACUUGAACGGAACUCUUACCUCUUCAAGGUCCUUGAGCUGAGGUAGUACUGGAAUGGCCAUGCCUUUGCGCUCUUCCUGUCUUGCCAGCGCAGUUAGUAUCAGCACAGUGUUAUCUGUAAGCAUGCACCUUGAAAGUCUGUCCAAGGAUGAUAGCUGACAAUCAUAAUGGUGCACACUGGUGGGCAAUUCCAUUUUAAAUCGACCAAGGUCUGCCGAUGACAUUU